CCCCAACCCUCGAUAAACUCACAAAAUCUGUACCAAUAAUGAGAAGAGGGAAAUCAAAGGAAAGAAAACAUUCCUAUGUUUGCUUUUUUACUCUAUUUAGACAAGGAACUAAAGGACGUUCCAUAUGUUACUCGCGAAAGUGCGUAAGCCUGUCAAAAUCAUCACCGCGCCUGUUGCCGUGAUCACCUCUUUCUCAUAUAUUGUUCAUCGUCGGAUUCGAUUCCUCGUAACUUUUGGUAAUUCAACAUCGUCAUCAUGCAUCUCCGGUCAACCAUUUCUGUUUUGAUUUCGUUGGGAAUGAUAGCCCCCUCUCUACAAUGCCUGCAUCUAUUUCGACCUCAAGCUACCCCAUGUAGCAGCGAACCGUGCCAACAAGGGGCGGAAUGUUUCGAUGAUGAGAUGGACCACUACGCGUGCGUAUGUCCUCCCGGAUAUACUGGAUCCAACUGUGAAAUAGAAACGGCAUGCUCAUCAUCCCCGUGUCUGUUCGGAGCCUGCACACCUCAGGGUGAUGAGGGAUAUCUAUGCGAUUGUGAGCCAGGUUUCACCGGGGAAAAUUGCAACAUCGUUGUAGAAACCCCAUGUUUCUCAUCUCCAUGUGAAGAAGGAAAGGAUUGCAUUGACAUGGACAAUGGUUACAGAUGUGAAUGCCCAGAGGGAUACAGUGGUGACAACUGCGAAACUAAGGACCCUUGCUCCCCCAACCCAUGUCAGAACGAUGGUGAAUGUGGCGUCGAUGGUGAAUCCUAUGAAUGCUAUUGUGACGGUGCAUUCACCGGAGAUAACUGCGACAUUCCAAUCGAAUGUGAGAACAACAUGUAUUUCCAUGAUUGCGCUUCGCCCUGUGGACCGGCCCGCUGUGGUGUAACCAUAGAUUCUUGCAUCACGUCCUGCGAUCGCAAAUGUACCUGCCCUCCAAAUACUCAGCUAUGUCCCGAAGGGAUGCUUCCAGGGAUGAUGUGUGUGACUAACUGUACUGAGUGUUACAUGCCAUAGGAAGAUAUUUAUCCAAAGCAUGGCUUUAUAAUGUCGAAGAAACAGGGCUGAUAAAAUUACAUUUUUUAAUCAAUUUAUAUGCAAACCUGAUAUUAGCUUAUCAUGGGGCCUAUUACUUAAGAAAGAACGUGUAAAUAUUAUGUUUUGUCUGAUUACAAACUGAAACAAUGAGUAAGAAUGAAAAUAUUUAUGGACAAUUUGGAUAAUAUGUCAAAUUUAUUAAAAAUAUUAAUUAAUGAUUGUGCUGUCGUCUCAGUCGUCUGAGUUAAGUUUUACCAGACUCGUCGUAGAUGGCGUAAUUUCUAAUCAGGCAUGGGGAGUAUCUUUGUUCCUGGAUUUAAAUCUUGAAGAUACAUAAAGGUAUUAUGACCUACCGGAACAAGUAUUUUUCUCAGAUAUGACAACAGUCCUUUAAUUCUUAACCUCUUAGUAAAACCUUUUAUUUAUCAUAUAAUGUACUCUUUAACAUUCUCUCAGUAAAUUCAUUGAUAUUCUGUAACCAAUUGUAUUUCCAAAUAAACAAAACGUUGUUUUGAAAAUUUGUUUACCCAUCAAUUCUGUUUUAAUAUCUGUUUUUAAGACAAAAAAUUAUACAUUGUAAGCACGAUUUUAAGAUAUUUUGCUUGUUUUAUUGGAAUUGAGUAAAGCAUUGAAUGAUUUAAUAAUUUUUUUAAAUUGUAUUUAAAGAGAGAGAAGUUAGAUGAUAAGAAAGAAAAGCAAUACUCACUGUUAAACUAACUUUUCAACAACUUAAUAAGAAUGAAAAAUAUUCAUAUAAUACAUACAUUUACAUAUUAUUUACAUGACUUAUAUUUCAUCAAAAACUCAGCGUAAUCAAGUAUUGUUCUUUAGCAUUAGUUUUGAAUGAUAGAAAAAUAAAAUAUUGUCUAUCCAA